AUGGCCUGUGCGGACGGGAUGCUGCGCCGCCUGCUGAGGCUGCACCGCACGGAGAUUGCGGUGGCCGUGGACAGUGCCUUCCCGCUGCUGCACGCUCUGGCCGACUACGACGUGGUCCCCGAGGACAAGUUCCAGGAGACGCUGAGGCUGAAGGAGAAGGAGGGCUGCCCCCAGGCCUUCCAUGCUCUGCUGUCCUGGCUCCUGACUCAGGACACCGGGGCCAUCCUGGACUUCUGGAGGGUUCUCUUCAAGGACUACAACUUGGAGCGGUACAGCCGGCUGCAGCCCAUCCUGGACGGCUUCCCCAAAGAUGUGGACCUCAGCCACCCUCGGAAGGGGAGGAAGCCCCCCGCUGGUCCCAAGACCUCAGUACUGCCACCCAGACCCCCUACCAAGAGGAAGGCACCAGAUGAAACUCGAACCACACCACCAGCAACCCUGACCCCAAGGGGCACCUCCAGCCCAGGCUCCCACCAUAAGGCCAAGCUCCCUAAGAAGCCAGACAGUAAUUUGGAGCCACAGCGCCUCCCAGUGGGGAAUGGAAUUCAGACCAUGUCGGCUUCGGUUCAGAGAGCUGUGACUGUGUCCUCUGGGGACGUCCCAAGAGCCCGCGGGGCUGUGGAGGGGAUCCUCAUCCAGCAGGUGUUUGAGUCAGGGGGCUCCAAGAAGUGCAUCCAGGUUGGGGGGGAGUUUUAUACUCCUAGCAAGUUUGAAGACCCGAGUGCAAAGAGCAAGACCCGAGGUGGUGGAAGCCUAAAGCCCGUGGUCCGAGCCAAGGGAGCCCAGGGCACUGUCCCUGGAGGAGGUGAGCAGAGAACCAGCCAGCAGGGCAGGGUCCCUGCCCUUGCAGCCCUCCCUACUGAGCCCCAGAUCCACCAGAAGAAUGAGGAUGAGUGUGCGGUGUGCCGGGACGGAGGGGAGCUCAUCUGCUGUGACGGCUGCCCCCGGGCCUUCCACCUGGCCUGCCUGUCUCCACCUCUGCGGGAGAUCCCCAGUGGCAUCUGGAGGUGCAGCUGCUGCCUCCAGGGCAGAGUCCAGCAAAGCCUGUCCCAGGCUGAGGAGUCCCGGCCCCUGGAGUCACCCAAGGAGACCCCGAUCCUCCUGGGGCUGAGGUCGGCUUCAGAGGAGCCUAGGGGCCUGUCCAGGGACCUCCCAGCCAGUUCAGAGACUCCUCUCACAUAUGCGAACCUGCUGGCUCCACCUUCUGCACCUCCCCUGCCUCUGCUAGAGCCUUCAACUCUGUGCCCCUUGUUAAGUGCUGGCACUGAAGGGCAGCAGGGCCCAGUGCCUGGUGCCCGGUGCAGUAUUUGUGGAGAUGGUGCCGAUGCACUGCGGUGUUCUCACUGUGCUGCUGCCUUCCACUGGCGCUGCCACUUUCCAACUGUGACGGCUGCUGUCCGGCCAGGGACCAGUCUGCGCUGCAAGUCCUGCUCAGGGGACCCAGCCACAGCACCGAGCGAGGGAGCACCAAGCCCUGUGCGGGCAGCCCCCGGGACAGCCAAGGUAGGAGAAGACUCUACUGGUCAUGAGACUGCUCUGCGCAGGGAUGACCUGGAGUCCCUUCUGAAUGAGCAUUCCUUUGAUGGCAUCCUGCAGUGGGCCAUCCAGAGCAUGUCUCGACCGCUGGCAGAGACGCCACCCUUCUCCUCCUGACCCCGGAGUGUGUCACAGACAGUGGGCAACACAGCACCGACCCCUCCCUACAUCAUCAGGUGAAGCGGAGCUGCUUCACACCAGCAGUCCCUCUGUUCUGAGGGAGACACGCUCUGUCACCCCAGCAGCUGAGCUGGUUAGGCCCGAGAACCAGGAAGUUCGAGCACAGAGCUCAGCUUGCGGACAGUCCUGAUCUUGGUGGGGACACAAGACUGCCUGUGUCCUAAAAUUAA